GUUCAGAUGUUAAAGUUGGAGUUGUACAGACAACAUUGAACAGGAUGAGUAUACCCAAGAAUGAAUACAAGCCAUAUUUGGUGUCAAGAUCAGUUUAUUCUGAAACAAACUUCCAAGAUGAAAUUGAAAAGAAUGAAAUUGUACCUAAAACAUUGCGGCAGAAGGUUAAAAAGCAUGUGAGAUGUUCACGGAGGACUCCCCUUCUAGUGCUAAAGUCCAUUUUCCCCAUCUUGGAUUGGCUACCAAAAUACAGAUGGAAGGAAUGGAUAAUACAUGAUAUCAUCUCAGGAGUGAGCACUGGUCUUGUUUCAACAUUGCAGGGAUUAUCCUUUGCCUUACUGGCAGCAGUGCCUGUUGGCUAUGGACUGUAUUCUGCUUUUUUUCCUGUAUUGAUAUAUGCCUUCAUGGGGACAUCUAGACAUCUUUCAAUUGGACCGUUUCCAGUGGUCUGUUUGAUGGUUGGGUCAAUAGUUCUUUCGAUGGCCCCAGAUGAAAAAUUUCCUUUAGGUGAAAACAGCACAAAGAUUGAUAUAGAAAAACGGGAUCAAACUAGAGUCCUGAUAUGUGGAACUGCGUGUUUCUUAAGUGGAAUUAUCCAGCUUGCUCUAGGAAUUCUUCAGAUUGGAUUCAUUGUCCGUUAUCUUGGUGAACCAUUAGUUGGUGGUUUUACCACAGCAGCUGCCUUCCAGGUUUUUGUGUCACAAGUGAAACAAGUUCUCAAUGUUGAAACAGGAAACUACAAUGGGGUAUUAUCCAUAAUAUAUACUAUUAUAGACAUCUUUAAAAACAUUGCUAAGACCAAUAUUGCUGAUCUUAUCGCUGGUCUUCUGGCUUUUAUCGUAUGUGUGGCAGUAAAGGAAGUGAAUGAAAGAUACAAGCACAAACUCAGAGUGCCUAUUCCCAUAGAAAUAAUUGUGACAAUUGUAGCAACGGGGAUUUCCUAUGGAGCAAAUUUGGAGAAAAACUACAAAGCAGGAAUUGUAAAAACGAUUCCCAGCGGGUUCCUGCCACCCAUAGUUCCAGAUGUGUCCAUGUUUCAAGAAAUGAUUGGGUCCGCAUUUUCCACUGGAAUUGUUGCAUAUGCUGUUGCUGUGUCCGUGGCGAAGGUGUAUGGCACCAAGAAUAACUAUCCAGUUGAUGGGAAUCAGGAAUUUAUAGCAUAUGGAGUUAGCAAUAUGUUUGGUGGAAUAUUUUCCUGCUUUUGUGCAAGUACUGCACUUUCACGUACAGCUAUCCAGGAAGGUACCGGUGGCAAAACCCAGUUUGCUAGUUUGAUUUCUGCUGCAAUUGUGCUGAUUGCAAUCGUGGCCCUUGGCAGACUACUAGAACCACUUCAAAAGUCUGUUCUUGCAGCUAUUUGCAUUGCCAAUUUAAAGGGAAUGUUCUGGCAGGUCCGCGAUGUGCCACGACUUUGGAGACAGAACAAGUGGGACUCGGUUAUAUGGAUUGUUACAUGCAUAGCAGCAAUCGUCCUUGGUCUGGAUUUAGGAUUGUUGGUCGGUUUAGUAUUUGGAUUGUUGACAGUUGUUCUACGUGUCCAGUUCCCCUCAAGCAGUUCUCUUGCAAGCGUCCCUGACACAGAUCUCUACAAGGAUGAAAAAUUAUACAGAAAUCUUAUCAGACCAGAAGGAGUUAAAAUAAUUCGAUUUUCCAGUGGCAUUUUUUAUGGCAAUAUUGAAGGUCUAAGAAGCAGUAUUAAAAAAAUAAUUGGAUUUGAUCCAGUAAGAGUUUUUAAUAAAAGAUCUAAAGCUCUGAGGAAGAUAAAUAAUCUUAUCAAGAAGGGACAGUUGAGUACUACAAGGAAUGGUAUCCUUACCACUGGAGCUGUUGAUAACAAAGGUUUUGAGUCUGAUGAUGACCUAAAUAUGCCUCAGGAGGAAGAAAGACCUGGUGUUUACACCGAUGAAGUGGAGAUUCGAGUAGAUUGGAAUUCAGAGCUUCCUGUCAAAGUGUGUGUCCCCAAAGUCAAUAUUCAUAGCGUCAUUUUUGACUUUGGACAAAUAACUUUUCUUGAUGUGGUCGCAGUGAAAUGCCUUAAACUGAUAUUUACUGAAUUCAAAAGGAUUGAUAUUGAUCCAUAUAUUGCAGCAUGUGACGAUAACGUACUAAAAAAAAUGGGAAUGUGCUCAUUUUUUGAUGAUAAAAUCACAUUUGAUGUCUGUUUCCUGACUGUUCAUGAUGCUGUGCUGUACAUAGAAAAUGAAAGAAUGUUUCAAAGUGGUCAUGAUCCUUUCCUGGACAAGAUUUCACUAAUGCAAGAAUCAAAAGGGCAGCUAGAAUUUCCAGAGAUGGACCCUUUUUACAAUGAGUUGGAUCCACAAGAUGAGGCUUUAAGAGUACUUGCAUCUUGAUGAAAAGCUGCCUCAAUCUUCAGACAUAAGGCGGAUGUAUUUUCUCCAUGUGUUCCUCUAAGAAGUCAAAUGCAGGCCAUGUUUUCCUUUGUUUAGGACCCAAGUCUAAAACACUGGCACAUUUCAGUUUGUUUCUCUUCAGCUACUUUAUGAACUUACAAUGAAAAAUAUAAUUAUGACUUAACAACCUGCAAAUUAUGGAAAACUAAAUAUCCGAUUUCCGCAAAGAUUAAUCAUAUGUUCUUUAUUGCUUUGCCAUUCAUAGGAAUGAUAGGAGUUCAUGUGCUGCACAAACAUGAAUUUGUUUGACGCCACAUUCAAAAUUAAAAGGAUUUGCAUAGUAAAUUGAAACAACAUAAGCCCAUAAUCUACAUUUGCAAAUUUAAAUGUAAUAACUUGUAUGAUCGCUGUGCAACUUUCUCUUAAAUAUCUUUUUGAAAUUGUAUUGAAGUUUCCAAAUGGCUCAAAUGUGCAAUUUUCACUUUGACUUUUCAGAGCAUCUCUUAUGAUGUUGUAAUAUUUUGUGAAUAUAGGAAGGUUGAGCACUUGGGAUGUGUUGGUAAGGUAGAAAAGGCAGUCCAGAGUAUCUGUUACAUGUAUAGGAAGAUGGGAGUAGCUCCUUGCAGUGUUCCAGGGUAGUAUAUGGAACAAAACAAAGAUUAAAAAAAUUAAAGAGUACAUGGUGAAGUAUUUUUCACAAUGUGGCAAAUGUAGAAAGAAAUGUACUUAUAGGUGUUUGGAGCUAUCAAGAGCUCCACUUCUAUGCAAGUGAGCAGUACAAUCCCUUCUUAAGGAUGCUUAUUGUGUCCAUUGAUCCCAAUUGGUAAUCCAGGCUUUUUUAGAUAAAAAAAAAAACAAUGACCAUAUAUUGUAGUAUAUUCAAAUAGUAUAGCGUAUAAUAGAAUGAAAUUGCACUUACAUAAAAUGGAGCCUCUACAAUGGCUCUUAAAAUAUAGCGUGGAGUGGCAUAAUCCACACUCUUGGAUUACAGAUAGACGCAAUUCUUCUCAAUGUUGUAUAUAUGUAAGAGAUCAGUCAGAAAUAUAGUGCACACUGUGGUAUAGGUGAAUGCAAAUAAAUGGAAACUACUUACAGUAGUAAAGCAAAGUAAGUUUUGCUGAACCCAUACAGCUCAGGUGAUAUACCUCACCAUUGAAAAUGAUUUCCAGAUUCAACUGAAUAAAACACAGAAGGGUCUAGGAGCUUUAAAUAAAUAAACUAUUGUUAUUCUUAUAUAAAAACAGGUAUAGAACAAUAAAAUAAAGCAUUAAAUGUAGAACUAACGUGUUUCACGAUAAAAAGGCUUCUUUUUCCAAAGUGUAUCAUAUACUCCUCCAGUCUCUUAUUUUAUUUUGUUCCAUAUAUUACCUAAGAUCAUUGCUACUCCCAUUUGCCUAUGUUGUAAUAUUUUGCAGGGAAUUAAGCUUGCAAGGAAAAAUUCUACUAUUUGAGCAUAUCUAAACAAUUUCACAAAAUGCUUUCUUCCAGGACAAAUGUGCAUUCUAGCGAUUAUUUUAAGCAUCUUAUAAUACAUAUUUUUUUUCAUUUUAUUUUACCAAGUGUUCACUGCAUAAUCAACUCAUAUGUUGUGUACAUUAUUGCUAUCCCUUGUAUAAAGUGCCUUCAUAUCUAAUUGAUUAAUAUAUAUCUUUGCAUCUAUUAAAAUAUUUUAAAGAAAAAUACAAAAUUAAAAAUAACACCGUCACUUAUGCAGUAUGUUGCAUGUAUCAACUUACCUGGCACAGGUAGAAUCACUGGGUAUUUUUGUUCUAAAUAGAGCAUAACAUUUAUUCUAAAUUAAUUGUAAGAGGUCAACAGAGACAUUAUUUUUCAUGACACUUAACUCACUUUACAACAUAACUAGCAUCACAUUGUUUUGCACAAAUUAACUGUUUCAGUAAAAAUUUAUAGUACUGGAGCAAAAUGAAUUAUUAAUUUAUAAACAGAAAAAUAAGAUUAAU